UCCGCUGAGUCAGACACACACACACUCGCUACACCAAACCUUUGGAACUCGCAAAAUCCACACGACCGAACCCUUCAACCUCACCUGUCGACAACUCCGCGCUACCGUCUUGACCGCGCAUACCCCGUCAAGAUGAAGCUCAACAUUUCCUACCCGGCCAAUGGGUCGCAGAAGAUCGUCGACAUCGACGAUGAGCGCAAGCUCCGCCCCUUCAUGGAGAAGCGCAUGGGCUCCGAAGUUCUCGGUGACUCCCUCGGCGAUGAGUUCAAGGGUUACCUGUUCAAGAUCACCGGUGGUAACGACAAGCAAGGUUUCCCCAUGAAGCAGGGUGUCCUCCUCCCCACCCGUACCCGUCUCCUCCUUGCCGACGGCCACAGCUGCUACCGCCCUCGCCGCACUGGUGAGCGCAAGCGCAAGUCCGUCCGUGGUGCCAUCACCGGUCUGGACCUCUCCGUCCUCGCUCUCAGCAUCCUUAAGCAGGGUGAGCAGGAGCUCCCCGGCCUGACCGACACCGUCGUCCCCAAGCGCCUGGGUCCCAAGCGUGCCACCAAGAUCCGCAGCUUCUUCGGUCUUGACAAGAAGGACGAUGUCCGCAAGUUCGUCAUCCGCCGUACCGUCACCAAGGAGGGCAAGCAGGACUACACCAAGGCCCCCAAGAUCCAGCGUCUGGUUACUCCCCAGCGCCUGCAGCGCAAGCGUCACCGCAUUGCCAUCAAGCGCCGUGCCGCUGAGGCCGGCCGCGAGGCUGCCAACGACUACGCCAAGCUCCUGGCCAACCGUGUCCACGAGGAGAAGGCCAAGCGUGACGAGCUCCGCAAGCGGAGAGCUUCGUCUAUGCGGAAGUAAAUUUACACUACGGUGUAAUCUUUAAUUUCCGU